GCGCGCCUAUCCUUUCGGAGACGCCAUGUUUUUCGAUCUGCACAAUAAACUAUAAACUACAGCAUUAACUAAACGUGUUUAGUGUAGUCUGUUGCAAAGGUACCCCCUGUAACUCGAGCCGGUAAGCGAGUCUGUCUUUCUCAAGUUGAUUUUCUGUUGAUUUGUUUAAACAGAUGAUAGCGGUAGUCGGUACAGUGGUUUUGUUUUGCUGCGCUUCCUGUAUUGGUGUCUGUUUUGUUACGUCUCCUGUUUCAGUUCUGCUUCUUGAUGUUUUCAUAGCGGAACGGUUUGCUCAACUCGCUUCUGAAACAAACGAGUUCUACAAGAAGAUGACGUCGAGUGGAACCAGUGUGGAUGAUACAAUGAUGUGGAUUACAGCAACGCAAGGACAGUCAGGUGUCAGUACAACAGAGGAGAGAGAUGUCAGAACGCAGAGGAAGGCCCGCUGUCUGAUCAGCUUGCUGGUGGAAAAGGGGUGUGCUGCUUGUGGGAAAUUCAUCUCCAAACUCGCAGACAGGGACCACAAUCUCUACAGGACUCUUGGGCUUCAUCUUACAAGUUGGAAUCUGUACCAUAUUAUUCCGGAGUUCAUUAAGAGUGAUGCGGCGCUCGAGGGACUGCUGAAGGACAUGCAGGAGAUGAAGCUGCUAAGAGAUGGACAGGUGGAGGAAGUGAAGAAACAGGCCAGCACACGGGACAUGACCUCCGAGCUGAGAAGCAUGGUGAUGAGGAAGGGGCUUGCCUUCAGAGAGAACUUCCUCUCCAAACUCGCAGAGAGGGACCCCGAAUUCUACAAUACAUAUGGGCCUGGUUUGGACCCAGUUGACAGGCUAAUGCGGAUGCAAUCCCAGUUUGUCAAGAGAGUGAGUGAUGCCGUGAUCGAGAGGCUGCUGAAGGACAUGCUGGAGAUGAAGGUGCUGAGUGAUGAGGAUGUGGAGGAAGUGAGGGAUGCUCCCCAGAAUACCGGGCUCGGGUCCUGGUUGCUCGAGCAGAUCAACAGUGGGCGGUACCCUGGUCUGAGCUGGACCAAUGAGGCACUAAAACAGUUUCGACUCCCAUGGAAACAUGACGACCGGAAGGACUUGACACCCGAGGACACAAUUAUAUUCAAGGACUGGGCAGUGGUGACAGGUCGUUACAGGGAGGGUAUUGACCAGCCCGACCCUGCUGACUGGAGGAGGCAUUUCCAGCGCACUCUGGAUAAAGACGAGUGCCUGGUGUUGCGUGCUGAUCACAGUCGAGAUCCAGUCGACCCACACAAGAGAUACUGGAGUGAGGACAUGUUAGCAGAUAAGAGAAUGAAAGUAAAACUGGAAAAAGCCUGCUGUCUGAUCAGCUUGCUGGUGGAAAAGGGGCGUGCUGCUUGUGGGAAAUUCAUCUCCAAACUCGCAGAGAGGGACCCCAAAUUCGACAGUACACAUGAGCCUGGUAUGGACCCAGUUGACAGGCUAAGGCGGGUGCAAUCCCAGUUUGUCAAGAGAGUGAGUGAUGCUGUGAUGGAGGGGCUGCUGAAGGACAUGCUGGAGAUGAAGGUGCUGAGUGAUGAGGAUAUGGAGGAAGUGAGGGAUGCUCCCCAGAAUACCGGGCUCGGGUCCUGGUUGCUCGAGCAGAUCAACAUUGGGCGGUACCCUGGUCUGAGCUGGACCAAUGAGGCACUAAAACAGUUUCGAAUCCCAUGGAAACAUGACGACCGGAAGGACUUGACACCCGAGGACACAAUGAUAUUCAAGGACUGGGCAGUGGUGACAGGUCGUUACAGGGAGGGUAUUGACCAGCCCGACCCUGCUUAUGGGAGGAGGCAUUUCCAGCGCGCUCUGGAUAAAGACGAGAGCCUGGUGUUGCGAGCUGAUCACAGUCGAGAUCCAGUCGACCCACACAAGAGAUACUGGAGUGAGGACAUGUUAGCAGAUAAGAGAACGAAAGUAAAACUGGAAAAAGCCUGCUGUCUGAUCAGCUUGCUGGUGGAAAAGAGGCGUGCUGCUUGUGGGAAAUUCAUCUCCAAACUCGCAGAGAGGGACCCCAAUCUCUACAGGACUCUUGAGCUGCAUCGUGAUAGUUGGAGUCUGGUCCAUAUGAUUCCGAAGUUCAUUAAGAGUGAUGCAGUGCUCGAGGGGCUGCUGAAGGACAUGCAGGAGAUGAAGCUGCUGAGCGAUGGAGAGGUGGAGGAAGUGAAGAAACAGGCCAGCACACGGGACAGGACCUCCCAUCUGACAAGCAUGGUGAUGAGGAAGGGGGAUGCUAUCAGAGAGAACUUCCUCUCCAAACUCGCAGAGAGGGACCCCGAAUUCUACAGUACACGUGGGCCUGUUGACAGGCUAAUGCAGGUGCAAUCCCAGUUUGUCAAGAGAGUGAGUGAUGCUGUGAUGGAGGGGCUGCUGAAGGACAUGCUGGAGAUGAAGGUGCUGAGCGAUGAGGAUGUGGAGGAAGUGAGGGAUGCUCCCCAGAAUACCGGGCUCGGGUCCUGGUUGGUGGAGCAGAUCAACAGUGGGCGGUACCCUGGUCUGAGCUGGACCAAUGAGGCACUAAAACAGUUUCGAAUCCCAUGGAAACAUGAUGACCGGAAGGACUUGACAUCUGAGGACACAAUGAUAUUCAAGGACUGGGCAGUGGUGACAGGUCGUUACAGGGAGGGUAUUGACCAGCCCGACCCUGCUGACUGGAGGAGGCAUUUCCAGCGCGCUCUGGAUAAAGACGAGUGCCUGGUGUUGCGAGCUGAUCACAGUCGAGAUCCAGUCGACCCACACAAGAGAUACUGGAGUGAGGACAUGUUAGCAGGUAAGAGAACAAAAGUAAAACUGGAAAAAGCCUGCUUUCUGAUCAUCUUGCUGGUGGAAAAGGGGCAUGCUGCUUGUGGGAAAUUCAUCUCCAAACUCGCAGAGAGGGACCCCUAUCUCUACAGGACUCUUGGGCUGCAUCGUGAUAGUUGGAAUCUGUUCCAUAAGAUUCCGGAGUUCAUUAAGAGUGAUGCAGUGCUCGAGGGGCUGCUGAAGGACAUGCAGGAGAUGAAGCUGCUGAGCGAUGGAGAGGUGGAGGAAGUGAAGAAACAGGCCAGCACACAGGACAGGACCUCCCAUCUGACAAGCACGGUGAUGAGGAAGGGGGAUGCUAUCAGAGAGAACUUCCUCUCCAAACUCGCAGAGAGGGACCCCGAAUUCUACAGUACACGUGGGCCUGGUUUGGACCCAGUUGACAGGCUAAUGCAGGUGCAACCCCAGUUUGUUGAGGGAGUGAGUGAUGCUGUGAUGGAGGGGCUGCUGAAGGACAUGCUGGAGAUGAAGGUGCUGAGCGAUGAGGAUGUGGAGGAAGUGAGGGAUGCUCCCCAGAAUACUGGGCUCGGGUCCUGGUUGGUGGAGCAGAACAACAGUGGGCGGUACCCUGGUCUGAGCUGGACCAAUGAGGCACUAAAACAGUUUCGAAUCCCAUGGAAACAUGAUGACCGGAAGGACUUGACACCCGAGGACACAAUGAUAUUCAAGGACUGGGCAGUGGUGACAGGUCGUUACAGGGAGGGUAUUGACCAGCCCGACCCUGCUGACUGGAGGAGGCAUUUCCAGCGCGCUCUGGAUAAAGACGAGUGCCUGGUGUUGCGAGCUGAUCACAGUCGAGAUCCAGUCGACCCACACAAGAUAUACUGGAGUGAGGACACAUUAGCAGAUAAGAGAACAAAAGUAAAACUGGAAAAAGCCUGCUGUCUGAUCAUCUUGCUGGUGGAAAAGGGGUGUGCUGCUUGUGGGAAAUUCAUCUCCAAACUCGCAGAGAGGGACACCUAUCUCUACAGGACUCUUGGGCUGCAUCGUGAUAUUUCAGGUUGGAAUCUGUUCCAUAUGAUUCUGGAGUUCAUUAAGAGUGCUGCAGCGCUCGAGGGGCUGCUGAAGGACAUGCAGGAGAUGAAGCUGCUGAGCGAUGGAGAGGUGGAGGAAGUGAAGAAACAGGCCAGCACACGGGACAGGACCUCCCACCUGACAAGCAUGGUGAUGAGGAAGGGGGAUGCUAUCAGAGAGAACUUCCUCUCCAAACUCGCAGAGAGGGACCCCGAAUUCUGCAAUACACAUGGGCUUGAUUUGGACCCAGUUGACAGGCUAAUGCAGGUCCAAUCCCAGUUUGUCAAGAGAGUGAGUGAUGCUGUGAUGGAGGGGCUGCUGAAGGACAUGCUGGAGAUGAAGGUGCUGAGUGAUGAGGAUGUUAAGGAAGUGAGGGAUGCUCCCCAGUAUACCGGGCUCGGGUCCUGGUUGCUAAAGCAGAUAAACAGUGGGCGGUACCCUGGUCUGACCUGGACCAACGAGGCACUAAAACAGUUUCGAAUCCCAUGGAAACAUGACGACCGGAAGGACUUGACACCCGAGGACACAAUGAUAUUCAAGGACUGGGCAGUGGUGACAGGUCGUUACAGGGAGGGUAUUGACCAGCCCGACCCUGCUGCCUGGAGGAGGCAUUUCCAGCGCGCUCUGGAUAAAGACGAGAGCCUGGUGUUGCGAGCUGAUCACAGUCGAGAUCCAGUCGACCCACACAAGAGAUACUGGAGUGAGGACAUGUUAGCAGAUAAGAGAACGAAAGUAAAACUGGAAAAAGCCUGCUGUCUGAUCAGCUUGCUGGUGGAAAAGAGGCGUGCUGCUUGUGGGAAAUUCAUCUCCAAACUCACAGAGAGGGACCCCAAUCUCUACAGGACUCUUGAGCUGCAUCGUGAUAUUUCAGGUUGGAAUCUGUUCCAUAUGAUUCUGGAGUUCAUUAAGAGUGAUGCGGCGCUCGAGGGACUGCUGAAGGACAUGCAGAUGAAGCUGCUGAGCGAUGGAGAGGUGGAGGAAGUGAAGAAACAGGCCAGCACACGGGACAGGACCUCCCACCUGACAAGCAUGGUGAUGAGGAAGGGGGAUGCUAUCAGAGAGAACUUCCUCUCCAAACUCGCAGAGAGGGACCCCGAAUUCUGCAAUACACAUGGGCUUGAUUUGGACCCAGUUGACAGGCUAAUGCAGGUCCAAUCCCAGUUUGUCAAGAGAGUGAGUGAUGCUGUGAUCGAGAGGCUGCUGAAGGACAUGCUGGAGAUGAAGGUGCUGAGUGAUGAGGAUGUGGAUGAAGUGAGGGAUGCUCCCCAGAAUACCGGGCUCGGGUCCUGGUUGCUCGAGCAGAUCAACAGUGGGCGGUACCCUGGUCUGAGCUGGACCAAUGAGGCACUAAAACAGUUUCGACUCCCAUGGAAACAUGACGACCGGAAGGACUUGACACCCGAGGACACAAUUAUAUUCAAGGACUGGGCAGUGGUGACAGGUCGUUACAGGGAGGGUAUUGACCAGCCCGACCCUGCUGACUGGAGGAGGCAUUUCCAGCGCGCUCUGGAUAAAGACGAGUGCCUGGUGUUGCGAGCUGAUCACAGUCGAGAUCCAGUCGACCCACACAAGAUAUACUGGAGUGAGGACAUGUUAGCAGAUAAGAGAAUGAAAGUAAAACUGGAAAAAGCCUGCUGUCUGAUCAGCUUGCUGGUGGAAAAGGGGCGUGCUGCUUGUGGGAAAUUCAUCUCCAAACUCGCAGAGAGGGACCCCAAAUUCGACAGUACACAUGAGCCUGGUAUGGACCCAGUUGACAGGCUAAUGCAGGUCCAAUCCCAGUUUGUCGAGAGAGUGAGUGAUGCCGUGAUCGAGAGGCUGCUGAAGGACAUGCUGGAGAUGAAGGUGCUGAGUGAUGAGGAUGUGGAGGAAGUGAGGGAUGCUCCCCAGAAUACCGGGCUCGGGUCCUGGUUGCUCGAGCAGAUCAACAGUGGGCGGUACCCUGGUCUGAGCUGGACCAAUGAGGCACUAAAACAGUUUCGAAUCCCAUGGAAACAUGAUGACCGGAAGGACUUGACACCCGAGGACACAAUGAUAUUCAAGGACUGGGCAGUGGUGACAGGUCGUUACAGGGAGGGUAUUGACCAGCCCGACCCUGCUGACUGGAGGAGGCAUUUCCAGCGCGCUCUGGAUAAAGACGAGUGCCUGGUGUUGCGAGCUGAUCACAGUCGAGAUCCAGUCGACCCACACAAGAUAUACUGGAGUGAGGACAUGUUAGCAGAUAAGAGAAUGAAAGUAAAACUGGAAAAAGCCUGCUGUCUGAUCAGCUUGCUGGUGGAAAAGGGGCGUGCUGCUUGUGGGAAAUUCAUCUCCAAACUCGCAGAGAGGGACCCCAAAUUCGACAAUACACGUGGGCCUGGUUUGGACCCAGUUGACAGGCUAAUGCAGGUCCAAUCCCAGUUUGUCAAGAGAGUGAGUGAUGUCGUGAUCGAGAGGCUGCUGAAGGACAUGCUGGAGAUGAAGGUGCUGAGUGAUGAGGAUGUGGAGGAAGUGAGGGAUGCUCCCCAGAAUACCGGGCUCGGGUCCUGGUUGCUCGAGCAGAUCAACAGUGGGCGAUACCCUGGUCUGAGCUGGACCAAUGAGGCACUAAAACAGUUUCGAAUCCCAUGGAAACAUGAUGACCGGAAGGACUUGACAUCUGAGGACACAAUGAUAUUCAAGGACUGGGCAGUGGUGACAGGUUGUUACAGGGAGGGUAUUGACCAGCCCGACCCGACUUAUUGGAGGAGGCAUUUCCAGCGCGCUCUGAAUAAAGACGAGAGCCUGGUGUUGCGAGCUGAUCACAGUCGAGAUCCAGUCGACCCACACAAGAUAUACUGGAGUGAGGACAUGUUAGCAGAUAAGAGAACGAAAGUAAAACUGGAAAAAGCCUGCUGUCUGAUCAGCUUGCUGGUGGAAAAGAGGCGUGCUGCUUGUGGGAAAUUCAUCUCCAAACUCGCAGGGAGGGACCCCAAUCUCUACAGGACUCUUGGGCUUAAUUAUACAAGUUGGAAUCUGUUCCCUAGGAUUCCGGAGUUCAUUAAGAGUGAUGCAGUGCUCGAGGGGCUGCUGAAGGACAUGCAGGAGAUGAAGCUGCUGAGCGAUGGAGAGGUGGAGGAAGUGAAGAAACAGGCCAGCACACAGGACAGGACCUCCCAUCUGACAAGCACGGUGAUGAGGAAGGGGGAUGCUAUCAGAGAGAACUUCCUCUCCAAACUCGCAGAGAGGGACCCCGAAUUCUACAAUACACGUGGGCUUGGUAUGGACCCAGUUGACAGGCUAAUGCAGGUGCAAUCCCAGUUUGUCAAGAGAGUGAGUGAUGCUGUGAUGGAGGGGCUGCUGAAGGACAUGCUGGAGAUGAAGGUGCUGAGCGAUGAGGAUGUGGAGGAAGUGAGGGAUGCUCCCCAGUAUACCGGGCUCGGGUCCUGGUUACUCGAGCAGAUCAACAGUGGGUGGUACCCUGGUCUGAGCUGGACCAAUGAGGCACUAAAACAGUUUCGAAUCCCAUGGAAACAUGACGACCGGAAGGACUUGACACCUGAGGACACAAUGAUAUUCAAGGACUGGGCAGUGGUGACAGGUCGUUACAGGGAGGGUAUUGACCAGCCCGACCCUGCUUAUUGGAGGAGGCAUUUCCAGCGCACUCUGGAUAAAGACAAGAGCCUGGUGUUGCGUGCUGAUCACAGUCGAGAUCCAGUCGACCCACACAAGAUAUACUGGAUCUCUAGCAGUAACAGUUCAGGUCACAGGUUGAAAGAAAAAAUGUUGGCAUUAAGAAGGUUAUAUUCCCUAGAACAUCGUACCCGGCGCUUGUCCAUUAAGGGUCAGGCUAAGGCAUCCCAGAGGAGGAGGAAGGUGAGGCAAUCAAAGAGAAGAAGCUACUCCCAGGAAAUGAGCCCCGAGUGUAAGAAGAAGAAAGGUAAUUGUGAUCCUGUGUCUGAAAAAAGCCAAGGCGAUCAUUCGAUGUGUGAAGCUGCUGAAAAUGAGGUCUCAGAAUUAAGAACAUUUCGGCCUACAGUACACCAUGAGGGACGCCAUAAAUACUACAGGUUUUCGUUCGAGAAAGGAGGAGAAUACCAGUGUGAGAUCACAGCUCUGAUUUUUGACAUGGCAGCUCCAGCUGAAGUUGUGUAUGGGACUGAGCAAUGGGAGAAGUGUCCCCUAGACCAGAGCUCCCUGCUUCCUGCCGGCCCGCUGUAUGAUAUAAACAGCCCAAGCGGAGCAUUGGAGCACCUUUCCUUCCCACAUUCGGAGUGCUCCCCUGAAGUUCAGAAUCACUUGAUGGUGGCACACUACAAAAAUGGCAAUGUUGAGUUGAUUAAACCAACUGAAGUGACAGAAACUCACGUCAAAAUAAAAGUCAAUGAAACGUCUCCCUUUGGUCUCGUGAGAAGACUGCUGAAGAACUGGCUGGACUAUAAAAGUAAAGCUCAGGUGCUUCUGUUUCUCAGGCAGCUGUCUGAGAAAAAGAAGCUGAAUAUUUUCUUGCUCUCCUCAAAUGUUGUUUUGGACGAGGUGCAAGAGAAGCAAAAAGGCUGUACUUUCAUUGAGACAAGUUCACAUUGUGAUUUAUGGGAAAAUGAACCAUACAGCGUUUCAUGUGACCUGGAAAAUGCUCACGUACAACCAGACACAUAUGAUUUUGUAAGAGACUACGGUCCCAACUUCCCUCCAACAUUUGAAAUAUUUUUGAACAAUGACGUGAAAGAGCUGACUGUUAAAGUUAUCAAUAGCACCAGAAGAGACGCUUUGGUCUGGUCUCGCAGAGUAUUGCUUGAUGGUGCCCAUUCACCUGUCGGCCCCCCUCGCCCCGCUCCACCUGAAAUAGAAAAUAAUACUCUGGUUAACGAAUGUGGUUGGAAGCAAGCCUUGUUCGAUAUAAUAGAAGAAUUAACAGGAAGGGAAUAUAAGAAGAUGAAAAUGCUGCUCAACAAAGAGAUCCCUUUGGGUAAACUGGAGGAGACUGACCGGGAGAGCAUGGCCCACCUGAUCAUCUCUCAGUGCGGACUGCAAAAAUCUAUACAAGUUACUCAGGAGUUAAUGAGACAAAUACCCAGAAACGAUGAGAGGAUUCAGAGUCUGCUGCAGCCCUUCCUGGAGCAGACAGGAUAGCAGACCAGCCAGCUCUCUAUACCUCUGACAGAGAUCUGACAAUCGCAGGUGUAAACUGUAACAAACUGCUUAUAAAAGAGGAGCAAUAAUGUCAUUGUUUAAAAGACAUUUCAGACAAUGACAAAAACAGCUAUUUCAUGCCAGGACCCUCUUGGAAUUGAGAUGUGUGCGUUUCAAGGAUUCUAUCCUGGUUAAAUAAAUGCAUUUGAAAUUUAAACUUAUACCUCUAGCAGAGAUCUGAAAGUAUCUUGCUCUCUCUCUCUCUCUCUGAUAACAAGAAAAGCGAUUUAAGUCUUCCUUGUUAGGAACAUGUUUUAAUAACACUGGGAUUUUGUGCGCUGUUUUUUCAACUAAUAAGCUUGCUAGUUGUUCUGCCAUUAACAUAUAAUAAUACUAUGGUGUACAGAUACGGGACACUUCAUGUUUACAAUAAUACUACGGUGUAUAAAUUCGGGAGACAGUGGGUUUGUUAAGUAAGUGAGCGGCUCAGUAAAAGAAUCAGCUUCACGCCUUGCUCAGUGCCGCUCCCGCUGAGCCGCUCAGAGCGCUCCUGAGCAUUUCUCAUCAGUGAUCAGGGGGAGCGGACGGACUGGACACCUGCAGGAAGCAAGAUGAGAUCACAGGCAGGAUUGACAAAUACGUUUGUCAACAACGAUGAACUGGUUUCGUCUUAUGAAGUUAUGUAUUAAUUGGUAAAUAAGAUGGUAAAAAUUGUUGUUUUCGAAUUUGUAUCAUUUUUUUUUUUUUUUUUUUAACGUAGAGCUGUUUUAUAGUUAUUAAUGUAUUAUUAUUAGGCUUGUAGUAUUAAUAUUAUUCAUAAUUCUCAUUAUUAACGUCGGUAUUGCCGGUAUUAAACACAGUCAGAUAUGAGGUUCAGUCCAACCUGAGCGCCGGACUCAGCGAGGUCCAGCCGGGGACAGUAACUUCACACGGGGCCAUUUCAUCUACCAUCACCUCAGAAACACAAGCAAGCAAAUCCUUAUUAUUAUUCACCGUUUUUAAAAGUCGCUCGCCGAUCUCUCUUGGAGCACAGCGUUAAGUCAUUUAAAUCUGCUCAGAGCUUUCUGAGCGGCUCACUUACUUAACGCGCCCACUGUUUUGGGGGGGUGGUUGGUGUUGGCAGCUUGCUCAGGUUAACAUUUUUAAACGUGAACAAAUAUUUUUCACUAAUAAAGUUUUAUAUU